GCGCGCACCGCCAAGAGCUUCAAGCCGACUCCACCCACGGAGAGGCGCCAGGUUAACAAGGUGCUGGACUCGUGCACAGGCAGGGAGGAGACCGCUCACUCGGUGUUCCUGGACGCCAUGCGAGAACAGGACAGGCGCGGGCAGCGCGGGGCCGCCACGCAGAACUUCACGCCCGAGCGGUUCAAGGGCAUGCCUCUCAGGAAGUUCGGGCUAGGCCACCAGCCUGGGGUGCAGGGCCGUGCCGCGGCCUUCGGCGACUCCGCGGCACCCAGCGCCAGCUCUGGAGUGGCGCCGCGGCAGGUGAAGGAGAAGAAGGUCGGAGGCUCCACGGGCCUGAUGGACCUGGCCUUUGCGAGCGGCCGCGGGUACGCGCCAGUGUCGCUGCCGUACUUCGAGGUGGCGAGGGAGGAGCUGGAGCAGGAGGAUAGCGGUGCCGCCAAGCAACAGAGCAGGCCGAUGCUGACGAGGCUCGACGAGGCGAACGCCAAUGCUGCCAAGGACCUCUUCCUCUCCAAGGACGGUGCCCUGCAGGAGCACAAGUACUUCCUUAUCCAACUGCCGGCCGUGCUGCCCGAGCUGCUCGACGGCCCCGACGGCGAGGACGGUGGAAGCGCGGACGCGGGCAGCAUCGCACAGUACCCCGACGGGCUUGUUGGCAAGUUGCGCGUCCACAAGUCUGGGAAGGUGCGCAUGGAGAUCGGCGGCGUGCCCUUCUGCGUGGACCAGGGCUGCGAGACCUUCUUCCAGCAGGACCUCGCGUGCGUGUGCCCGGACGAGUUCUACGACCUCGGGGCCAUCCGGAAUCGUGCCAUCCUGUCGCCGGACGUGGACACCAUGCUCGCCGCCGAGAACAAAGCAGGCCCGCAGCGCGGGCCCGCGCCGGAGGGCGCGCCGCAGGGCCCGCCGCCGUGA